AUGGCGGAGGAAGACUAUAAAGUAGAAUUACAUAAAGUAGUUCUUGUUGGAGAUGGUGGUGUUGGAAAAUCUGCUAUUACUAUUCAAUUAACACAAGGUCAUUUUAUUAUAGAUUAUGAUCCAACAAUUGAAAAUUGCUAUAGAAAAACAUUAACUGUUGAUAACCGUAUUUGUGUAUUAGAUAUUCUUGAUACUGCUGGUCAAGAAGAAUACGCUUCAAUGCUUGAUCAAUAUUUCCGUAAUGGUCAUGGUUUCUUAAUUGUCUAUAGUGUUACUGACCGUAAUAGUUUCGAAAGUAUUAAAAAUUAUCAAAAUAAAAUUCUUCGAGUUAAAGAAGCUACAUCUUUUCCAAUUGUUUUUGUAGCUAAUAAAGUCGAUUUAGUAAAAGAUCGUGAUGUUAGUGAAAAAGAAGGAAAAGAUAAAGCUGCUGAACUUGGUGUUAAGUAUAUUGAAACUUCUGCUAAAAAUAAAUUAAACAUUGAGGAAGCUUUUUAUACUCUUGUUCGUGAAAUUCGUAAACAACAAAACAGUGAUGCACCUGAAGAAGCUGGUAAAGGUGGUCCUAAAAAGCAAAAAGAGAAGAAAAAAUGUUAUUUGUUCUAAAUCAGUGGUUAUAUUAUA